AUGCACAGCUGCCUGAUUGUCGACUCUGCCAGAAAGCAAGAGUUGAAUGCACGAUCCUUGAUGGAAGCCUUGAUCAACCUCUACCGCGAAGGUUCAAGUUAUGUUUUGUCGCUUCUUUCACGCCUCGAGCAGCUGCGUGUGAUCAAGAACGCGUCCCACCAGUCAAAAUUAGCGGUCUCGCGUCCACAAGCAUCUCCCGGUCAGAACGAAUGGGCUUCUUCCCUGCAUUCCGCAAAUCCAUUCGUCCCACGCGUCUCGGGAAAAUCAUUUGACUUGCUGAUCGACACGACAUCAGGGGACUGUCACUCAUCUCGUUUCUUUGGCUCUAGCUCGAGCCUGAGUUUGGCGGUAGAGGUCCUUUGUCUUGCACGGUGCAGAGGCAUCGUCGUGGAACAAAAUGAUGUCCCUCACCGCGAACGACCGGUCGAGGUCAAUCCGCGUGUCCGGGACCACGUCGUCGACGCCCAAGCCGUACGCUCUCUGGUGGAUGUUUAUUUUCGUUCUUGGGGCAAAGUCUACACCUUCGUUGACGAGGCCUUGGUAAGAGCGGACCUGGAGACCUACAUCGCCCUCAACCAAUCCGGACCAAGACUUUCGCAGCCGGAACGCACGCCUUCAGAGACUCACCAAUGUUUCCGAAUCAGCAUGAUCUGUGCGAUUGCCUGCUCUGUUCAAGCGCGAUCUUCCGACUUGGCCGCGGCGGAAAGUAGACGGUUUUACGCGGAAGCGCUCACAUGCGUCGAGCAGGUCACUUCAGAAGUCUCGGUUGCAACCCUGAGAGCCCUGUCCUUGCUGAGCGGGUACUGUCUGAUGAAUCCCCAGCAGGGUGAUGUCUGGAAGAUCCUAAACUACGCAUGCAGAUUGAGCCUGGAGCUUGGCUACCACACCGAGGAUCCCGAGCGCGUCGAGGAUGAAUCAGAGCAGCGAGGACGCCGAGCAACCUUUUGGGCAUUGUACACUCUCGAACGCAUUGUGGGCCAGUACUUUGGUCGGAGCUCAGACCUCCCCGAAACCAUCAUCACCACCGAGCAUCCAAGCCCGGUCGUCACUGACGGGCCCUUGUCAGAUUGCUCCCUGGCCGUGUACCACACGCAGUACGCCUACUUUCGCGCGGAAAUCUACCGGCACCUGUACUUCCCCGCCACGAUGCCUGAACUAGGCGUCGGAUGGCAUCAGCAAAAGUAUAUCCAGCUCUCGGCCUGGCACCCAGCACAUCUAUCCGUUGUCAACAGAGACGGCAACGCCUUUCAGGCGUGCCUGAUCGGGUACCACGGAGCCGUCACCUUGUUGUUCCAGCCCUUGAUCCUCCACGCACUCUCCGCCGCCCAGAAGCAACAAGGCCGCCGUGGCCUGGUGCCGCCAUUCGACCACCCGCAGUGCUCUGCCACGGGUCCGGCGGCACCUCGAUCGCCCGUCUCCUUGCCCCCAGAGGCGUACUGGUCGGCCUGUUCUCACAUUCAAGCUUAUCACGAUGUCUUCCACGCCAGACAGGACGAUCCACGUGCUCUUUACCCCGUCACCAUCAUAUCGGCCUACGGCGUCUACAACUCGGGCUUGAUCAUCAUGGCUUUCUGCCUCUUGGACCUCGACGACUCUCUGCACCUGCUGGACCCUACUAUCGUGUCUUUGGACCUCGCAUCUCCACGGUCCUCGGCCGCGCAAGGUGCUCCAACUGCCGCCAGCGGCUCCCCACCCUCGUCCACACGCAGAGAUCUGUACAACAACCUCUGUGAAACGACGGCGUCGUGCCUUGCGCUGCUCACGUGGCUCUCUCAGAAAUUCCCUUCCCUGAUAGGCAUGCUGAAUACCUAUCAAGCUCUUUAUGUGAAGCUUGUUCCAGCAAUGAUUAGGAAAGGCUUGGCCUGA